CGUCACGUACUUAUGGCCAAGCAGAUUAUUUCCCUUUAGAUAAAGUUUGUUCUUAUGAUGACGGCACAUUGUUAAUCGGUGCUCUUAAUAAAUCUGCCCUUGUAAAAUACUAUUCAGAUAUACACAUUCUUUUUACAAAUGGGUCGAUUGCUAACAUUAGUCUUUCAAACAUCAAACAUCAAGAAAAUUGGACAGUUUUUCAAUAUAAUGUCUUAGAGCCGAAUUUUAUAUUUCUUUUGUACCAGCAAUCGAACGGUGUUCAGACUAAUUUAAGUUGGACUAUAAUUGACUGGUCUGGAAAUAUUUUGUUAGAGCCGGAAAUGGGAUUUUUGGUGGCACAAACGAAUUAUACUUUUUUAGAAUGGACAAAAUAUAGUUCUCCAUUGAAUGGGAACAUUUCAAUUAUUUCAAAAGGUUACAUUCCCUUUCCCCAAGGUGCUCAGGCUUAUACCUAUACUUAUCUUGCAAGUUUUUUUACACUCAUACCAUUUCAAAGAGUGGAUGGUGGUUAUGGCGUGGCAUAUUGUUUGUCAAGUGGUCAGACUAAUGUUAUCUCUGCCGUUUUGGUGCAUGUGGCGUUUAUUCCAAACACUAAUGAUAGUGAAGUUAUUACUCCAUUUCAAAUAUACGAAACAAGAAAUACUUCUAAUGUUGUAAUGUUAGGUUCAUGCCAAUCAAGGCAUGACUCUAAAGGAAACGAUUGCUUAAUCUAUGAAGUAACCGGAAAUGGUAAUGGAUCUCUUCCAACUCCGGGGAUAACAAUGUUGUCAUUUCCAUCAUCUGGAUCAGUGACGAAUGAUACACAAAUAUCACUACCCCAAACGACUCCAAAUCAAUCGAUUGUUUUUUAUAAAUACUUUCCUUUGUAUUAUGGUGGUUUUCUUGUCGUUAAAUUUUAUCUCGCCUCUAAUGUUACAGUUGGAGUAUCAGGUUACUUGAGUGAUGAUCAACUAUCUAAGUUUGAUUUGUGGAAAAUGCCCGACCCUAUAACAAUAAAUAUUAUGGAUGUUUAUGAACGAUUUUCUCUCGGACUCUUGCAAAAUAAUACGUUUUGGAUAGCUGUGCAAGGCUUAAAUUGGACAAUAUUUAGUUUAGAUAUGCCACGCUAUUACAAUGAUUCCAUAUUUCAAAACGUUUUGAUCAUGUCAUCUUUUCCGGAAAAUAAUCAGACUUUAGGCCUUCGUUUCACAGAUUCUCUCAAUAUUACUUAUAGGAAUCCUAUCUCGAAAUCAUUAGGAAAUAUUUCCAUUUAUCAACUAUAUGAUAAUGAUACUAAACUAAGGCAAACUUAUUCUGGAUCGUAUUGUUCAGUUCUUAAUGAUAAAGUAACAAUAAGCUGUGAAAUUUUGUCAAGCACUUUCAAUGUUCCCAAUACUUCUUAUUUGAUAUCUAUAGACAAUGGAUUUGUUAAAGAUUUUGGGUCACAAGAACAAAUACGUGGUAUUUCGAAUGGUUCGUGGAAAAUUAAAACAGAACCUAUAAAACUUCCAAAUAUGUAUGGAGAUUCGCUUGUUGGAACUUUACGGUUGUCUGAAGAUGGAACAAUUUAUUACAAUAAUUUAACAUCUGAUCAACAAUCAUUGUUUAGAGACCGUUUAAGUGAAGAACUUGCUCAAAGUAUUCCCAUAGACUCUUCAAGGUUAUCUUUUGGACGUGUUAAUUUUGAUCCAGACACUCCAAAAGGACAGCUAUUGUUUGAAUUGAAUGUCUUUGGUACAAAUGACCUAUUUCAACCAAAUAUAGAUCAGAUAAUGGAUGAUUUAAAUGUAUUGAUAAAAAAUAAAUAUAUUACUGUUCUUUCAAAACUUCCACAUACCAGUUAUAUUGAUGAAACAUAUCCAUUUACAUUAAAUUCAAACUUUUUCAAUGAAAUCAGAGAUAAAUGGUUUAUAUAUGUAGCAGUAUUUAUAGCCUCGAUCAUUCUUUUUUUCGUUGCAGAAGGUAUACACACAUACGCAAGCCAAGAACAUUGUAUACAAUGGUUAGGACAAAAUAAUUGCGUAAAAUCGCAGGGCUAUAAAGAUUGCGUUCAUGAUCCAGAAUGUAUUGAUACACAAGCAUGUAUCAAAAAUGAUUUUUUUGAUCAGUGUAACACAUAUUCCUUCUUCACAAUGGUUUUAAGCGUCUUUAAUCUGGUCGCCAAUAUUUUGUUUGUUGUAACACGAGUAAAAGACGUUCCAUCCCUUAAUAUUCCAAGUGUUGUAAUUUUGACCGUUGGCAUUAGUUUGAACGUAAUAUAUACAUUUAUAGUUUUGACUAAAGAAUUGCCAAAUCAUUAUUACAAUGAAUGGAUCGGCAAUAAAAAAUUUGUUGUUGCUGCUUUUUUUGCAAUGUUAGCAACCUCAGAUGUUGAAGUACUAUUGGUUUUAAAUUCUCAUUUUUGCGGCCUCGAAAUAUUUAAUGCCCCAUUUUCGAAAAAAGCGAGGGAAUUCAUAUUUAGGUCCAAGAUUUCAAUUAUUGUUCUUUAUACAAUACCAUGGUUAGUUAUUCAA